UUUAACCAGAAAUAAAUAAAAUAUAUUUGUACUAAGUUUUGACUUUUGAUUGUAAAAAAUCUUUUCCUUUUUCCGACCGGCGGCUACCACAAACACUUCCAGUUCAGAGAGACAUACGAACACAGACAGACAGACAACCCUUGUUAAAAUGGGUAUUAUAAAUUUACAAAAUUCAUCUGCUUUAUGCUUGGUUGAUUCAUCACACAGCAAUUUGCAGCAGAGAAGGAAAUUUGUGACAAUGGCUUCUUCAAUGAUUCCUCCUUCUGUUGAACAAGUCAACAAUGGUCCUCUUCAGGUUACUACUACUGGUGACUCCUUUAUCAGACAACAUCUCAGGAAAUUGGCUCCUUAUCAACCCAUUUUGCCUUUUGAGGUUUUAUCUUCUCGUUUAGGACGCAAGCCUGAGGAUAUUGUUAAGUUAGAUGCUAAUGAAAAUCCUUAUGGACCUCCUCCAGAGGUCAUGGAAGCCCUAGGGUCAAUAAGAUUCCCAUAUGUCUAUCCAGAUCCAGAGAGCCGCCGAUUGCGUGCAGCUCUCGCCCAAGAUUCAGGCCUUGAAUCUGAAUAUAUUCUUGUAGGAUGUGGUGCCGAUGAGCUCAUUGAUUUGAUCAUGCGUUGUGUUCUUGAUCCCGGCGACAAGAUUGUGGACUGUCCUCCAACUUUCACAAUGUAUGAAUUUGACGCUGCAGUUAAUGGAGCACUUGUCAUCAAAGUUCCAAGGAGGCCAGACUUCAGCUUGAAUGUGGAACACAUAAUAGAGGUCGUUAAACAAGAGAAGCCCAAAUGCUUAUUUUUAACAUCUCCAAACAAUCCAGAUGGGAGUAUAAUUGAUGAUGACGAUUUCUUAAAGAUACUUGAGCUUCCCAUACUGGUGGUGCUUGAUGAAGCGUACAUUGAGUUUUCGACAAUCGAAUCAAAGAUGAGUUGGGUGAAGAAACAUGACAAUCUAAUUGUUCUUCGGACAUUCAGCAAAAGAGCUGGUUUAGCUGGAUUACAUGUCGGAUAUGGAGCUUUUCCUUUGAGUAUAAUCAAAUAUCUUUGGAGAGCAAAGCAACCUUAUAAUGUAUCUGUUGCUGCUGAAAUUUCUGCAUGUGCAGCAUUGCAAAAUCCGACAUAUCUAGAGAAUGUCAAAGAUGCUUUGGUGAAAGAACGAGGGAGGCUUUUCGACCUUUUGAAGGCAGUUCCAUUCCUUAAGCCAUUUCCAAGCCAUUCUAAUUUCAUUCUUUGCAAGGUUACAUCUGGAGUUGAUCCAAAGAAGCUAAAGGAAGACCUAGCUGAAAUGGGUGUGAUGAUUCGCCACUACAGCAAUAAAGAGCUAGGCUACGUCCGAGUAUCCGUUGGGAAGCCUGAACACACAGAUGUGCUUAUGAAUAACUUAUUUUCUUGCCGAAUAACUGAAGGCGAGGAUGCCGUCAUGUUUUGUUAAGGAAUAUGGUUUGCACGUUGAUGACUAUGUCAUUGCGUGAUCCUAACAAGAACAUGUUCGAGGUUAAGGUCCACAAGAAGAAGGGCAAGGUGUACUUCAGGGAUGGUUGGAUAGGGUUGAAGGAUUUUUAUAACACAGGCCUUGGUGCAUGGGUCACCCUUACCUAUAUAGAAUCUAAUCUUAUGCAUAUGACCAUCAAAGACAAAUCAUGAGUGGAAGUGGACUACCCUAAUAACUGUCUUCCUCCUAUAUCAAAGAUGAUUACUCCAAGUGAUAGGAGCGUGGUGAUGCGGUUUUAUCGCACGUUCAUUCAUAUAUUGAUUGCUUCUGACAUCGAUUUUGGAUAUCUGGUUAUCGCUUGGUUUGGUUUCAGCGAGGAUGCAUUAAUGCUUAAAACUGCGAAUUGGCUCUCUUCUAUUGAUCAUUAUGGAAGUAUUUGGCGGUGUGAAAUGGUAUUCAUUAUGGUGGAUAAUACUUUAUUUUGCAGUAUUGGAGGUGACUGGAAAAGCUUCUGUGAAGCGCGUAACUUGGUCAAAGGUCAUGCUAUAAAGCUUGGUGCUACCGAAAAUACAACGAGUGGUAUUCUCCAUAUAAGGCACGUUUCUUAAUUUGUAGUGCAUUCGUAGAGGUUUCAUGAGAUCCAGGAACACUAUUGACGCAAGGCAUAAGUAUCAGGUUAACCAUUACUUUGUGCAGUGCCCAGUUAGGAAGAGAGAGCAUUGGCCUUUGCGAUAGUGUGUACCAUAAGACAUGGAUUCUGCAGUUUUUUGGUUUAGUGGACUUUUGUUAUUACUUACUUCUCUGUCAUGUCUUAUAUAUGGUUUCUUUUGAUUUCAGUUUGGUUAUUAUGCAGAAUUGGUUAAUAUAUGUUUUGUGUGUUAUGGUAGACUUUGUGUAAUGCUAAGUUUGUGUUUGGUUUAUGCGUCUGACAUUUGGAAUA